UGAGUAAAAUUUUAAGUUGGAUCAGGUGGUGUUAGGGCUUUUUUAUGUUAGCCUUUAAUAUAUCGGAAAUAGUUAGAGCGAAGGAUAUAGAUAUCGAAGAGUUGAUCUAAGUUUGUAAUUUUUCUAAUUAGUUUGUAUACUAAACUAUGAAUCUGCUUGAUUUUAUACUGCCUACUUAAAUUUAUAGUGCUUUUAUGCUUAAACUUUUCAUCAUGAUAAGCCUAGGAAUGUUGAUGAAAAUUUUGGAUUUACUAAUUUUGUGUUGGGUUUAAGAUAGAAAGGGUUAUGUACGUUAGCGAAGGAUUCAUCAGUUAUGGAGUAUAAUCAUAGUUAUAUAUUUCUAAAUUUGAGUUAAAUUUCACAUCUUCCUGAAGUCUGGUUUUGAGGUAGUACUUUACGACGGUCGGAUGAAAUACAGAAAAUUUACUGGUGGUGAUAAGAAAUGGGGGGUGGGAAGGAAAAGCACGACGGUUCAGACAGCAGUGACAGAGGAUUCUUCUCGAACAUAGCACACGGACUUUCUGGACAUCCGCCUGGAUACAAUCCUGGAUAUCCGCCUCCACCCGGAGCAUACCCACCUCAGAGCUACCCACCAGCACCUGCUCCAUAUCCUCCUUCGGGAUAUCCUCCUUCGGGAUAUCCUGCUCAAGGAGGGUAUGCUCCACAAGGAGGGUAUCCUCCACAAGGGUACCCUCCAUAUGGAUAUACACCGGCUGGAUAUCCUCCUUCUGGUGGUUACCCUCCAGCCGGUUAUCCUGGCCCUAGUCCAUCUGCUCCUCCACAACACGGUCAUGGACCAAGCACCGGUGCGCUGCUCGCUGGGGGUGCAGCGGCCGCCGCGGCUGCUUAUGGGCUUCACCAGUUGUCUCAUGGUCAUCAUCAUCAUCAUCAUCAAGGGCAUGGCAUGUACCACGGUUAUGGCCAUCAUGGCAUGUUCAAGCACCAUGGCAAGUUUAAGCAUGGGAAGUUUGGCAAGCAUGGGAUGUUCGGCGGGAAGCAUGGGAUGUUCGGUGGGAAGCAUGGGAUGUUUGGGGGCAAGUUCAAGAGGUGGAAGUGAUGAUAAAGUGUUUGAAUGAUUGCCUAAUAAAUUUCGAUUGUUAUAGAAACUAUUGGCUCUAUUUUGUGAGGUUUGGACUAUAUUGCAGUAUGGAAUAUGGAUAUUGGACUCUUCUAAGUAUCAGUUCUAGGGAUAGUAUUUGUGCAUUGUACAUAAUUUAUUUUCCGGUCUGGGUUUUAUUUUUUAUGAGAAUUAUGUUCUUUAGUAUGCGUGCUUUGUACAUAAAUCUAUUUUCUUCUUUGGAUUUUUGUUUGUUA